CAGCGACGUCAUCAGGGUAGAGAUUUGUGAGGAAUAAGCAGACAGAAGCAAAGAGCCCCGAAGGUGCAGCAGUUUGUUACCAUUUGCAUCGUACCUGCUGUCUUUUUUUCCCGGUCAGACAGAGAACAGAGUAUCUGUUCUACAUUUUAGAGACCCAAAUGCCCGGUCCCACCCAAGCCCUUUCCCCAAAUGGAGAGAAUAACAACGACAUCGUCCCGGACAACGGAACCAACAUCAUUCCUUACAGGAAAAAUACAGUGCGGGGAGAGCGCGCCUACAGUUGGGGGAUGGCGGUCAACGUAUAUUCUACCUCAAUAACCCAGGAGACUAUGAGCAGGCAUGACAUAACUGCCUGGGUUAACGAUAUUCUCUGUCUAAACUAUACAAAAGUGGAGCAGCUCUCCUCAGGAGCUGCCUACUGCCAGUUCAUGGAUCUGCUCUUUCCUGGCUGCAUCAGUCUCAAAAAGGUCAAGUUUCAAGCUAAAUUGGAGCACGAGUACAUACACAAUUUCAAAUUGUUGCAGGCAUCUUUCAAAAGGAUGAAUGUGGACAAGAUUAUUCCUGUGGAGAAACUGGUUAAAGGCAGAUUUCAGGACAAUCUUGAUUUCAUUCAGUGGUUUAAGAAAUUCUUUGAUGCCAAUUAUGAUGGUAAAGAGUAUGAUCCUGUUGAAGCCAGACAGGGUCAGGAUGCCAUUCCUCCACCUGACCCUGGUGAGCAAAUCUUCAACCUGCCAAAAAAGUCUCACCAUGCAGCCAGCUCCCCAACUGCAGGAGCAUCAAGGUCAAGCUCUGUUACUCCCAAGUCUUCAACGCCAACAGCAAGACCCUCGUCAGCCAAAAAGAUCCCCAUGUCAACUCCUGCCAAAGGAGAGAAAGAACUGGAAGCACAAGUUACAGAUCUUACUGAGCAGGUAAACACAUUAAAGUUGGCACUGGAAGGAGUGGAAAAGGAACGGGACUACUACUUCAGCAAGCUGCGAGAAGUGGAGCUGCUGUGCCAGGAACAGGGUGAAGAAAACGCCCCGUUCGUCGAUCGGCUAAUGGAGGUUCUUUAUGCCUCAGAUGAACAGGAUCGAGCUGAACUGGCGGAGGGUGACGGACAAGAAGUAGACCAGCAAGCCCAGGAGGAGGCACCAGAUGAUCAGCAGGAGGAACAGGAUGAAUACUGACUGCCAUCAUCCUUCACCGCAGUUACACCCCUCUUUUUAAUCUGUGAGAACUUUGAAAGGACUUUAUUUUUUUCCUCAUGGUAUAAUUUUUUUUCUCUCUCUAAGACUGAGCACAUGAAGCAACCUCCUGAGUAGAAGUACCGUCACAGGCUUUUAUUUUAUUUUAUUAUUAUUUUGUUUUUUUUAUCCCUCUGCUCACUGUUCGAUGUUUUUUGUGACUUUUGGUGAACUGCUGUGGCAGGUUUGUGGUGAUGACCCCCACUAGCAGAUGAGCUCAGACCAUCAUGAAGUUUCCAAGGACUGUGUAGCUGGAAAGUCAAUUCAAAUCCUACAGUAAACGUGGUGAAAUGCUGAAGUUCAGACAGGUAUCUGUUACCUCUCUGAACUAAAUGUUAAUCUUCAAGCUUUUGUCCUUUUUUUUGUAUUUUUAUUUUUCAAUUUUUGCAUAUCAAUUGUAAUCACAAGAAUGCAAUAAGCAAAAGCCCUGAAAGGGCUCAUAGUAGCUCUUAUUUAACCUCCUUCCAUAUGUUGCACUGACAUUGACUCUGUAUUGGACAAUCUGUCCACAGAUCCUUUUCAUAUUUAUUAUUAUUAAGCCUUAGGAAUAGUGCUGAAAUCUACAUGUCCUUAUAAAUUUGGACAAUACAGUCAAAUUUUGAAUGAAAUGUAGUAAAAUGGCAACUUACGAGUAGUUGACAACAGUCUUCACAAAUACAAGAUUAUAGAAAAUCAGUAUACUGAUCAGUGUGCUACUUGCACCAUACUACUUGGUUUAGUGGUAGAGGUUUACUUGCCAUAAAGCAUAGGGAAGGAAGAAUAAUUAUUGUGGAUUAGUCUAGUCUUAUGACAAGAAGCAUUUUAAUUUUUCAUCUUCUGCUGGAGCUCGUGGUCUGUUCAGUUUUGUAA